AUGCAUUUUGCUUUAGUCAUCAAAGCACAACUAUACAGACAGAUUGUUCAUGCAAAUUGGUUAAUCUCAUAUUUAUCCGAUUCAUUGAUUGGUGUUGUAUUGGAAAGACAUAGAGAUGUGGUGUUAGUCACUGGUGGUGGAUCAGGGUUGGGUAAAGAAAUUGUAAAAGAGUUUCAAAAAAGAAGGAUUCAAAGAUUGGUUGUAUUUGAUAUCAAUAUACCUAAUGAUGAUCAAAAAUUGGAAGAUGUCUAUUAUUAUAAAUGUGAUGUUAGUGAUAAGAAACAAGUCAUGGAGUUAAGUGAAAGGGUCAAGAAUGAAGUUGGUAUUGUGACAAUAUUGGUUAAUAAUGCAGGUAUCACAUCUGGGAAAUCUUUGAUUGAUUUAUCAUUUGAAGAAAUUGAAAAAAUUAUUCAAGUUAAUUUGAUGUCAAGUUUUUAUCUUGAUAAAGCAUUUUUACCUGAUAUGUUGAUGUUGAAGAGAGGUUAUAUAAUCACUGUUGCAUCUGUUCUUGGGUAUAUGUCACCAGCAAAUCUAACUGCCUAUGGUGCAUCGAAAUCAGCAUUAAUAGCAUUACAUGAAUCUUUAACUUAUGAAUUGGGGCCACCAUUAUUUAGCUCCACGGGGAUUAAAACCCUUUUAGUAUGCCCAGGACAAUUGAAAACACAAAUGUUCAAAGGUGUCAAUACACCAUCUUCCAUAUUAGCACCAGAACUAGAUCCACAAUAUGUUGCUCAGAAAGUUGUCAGAGCAGUUGACUAUGGUCGAAGAGGUGAAUUGAAAUUCCCUAUUUAUGGUAACUUUUUAGCCUUGUUUAGAUCUUCACCAUGGCCUGUGACUCAAUUUGUUAGAUUAAUAAGUGGUAUGGAUGAGUCAAUGAAAACUUAUGAGCAAGAUAAACAAGAUAGAAUAAAUCAAAAAAAGGCCAAUCAAGCAGCAAUACUAGGUGAGAUUAUCUCUUCAUCAACAUAA